AUGACAGAAUACAAGCUUGUGGUGGUGGGCGCUGGAGGCGUGGGCAAGAGUGUCCUGACCAUCCAGCUGAUCCAAAACCACUUUGUGGGCGAGUAUGAUCCCACUAUAGAGGACUCCUAUGGAAAAAAGGUGGUCAUUGAUGGGGAGACAUGUCUACUGGACAUCUUAGACACAACAGGUCAAGAAGAGUAUAGCACCAUGCGGGACCAGUACAUGUGCACAGGGGAGGGCUUCCUCUGUAUAUUUUCCACCAACAACACCAAGUCCUUCGAAGACAUCCAUCAGUACAGGGAGCAGAUCAAGCGGGUGAAAAAUUCAAAUGAUGUGCCAAUGGUGUUGGUGGGCAACAAGUAUGACCUGGCCGCUUGCACUGUUGAGUCUCAGCAGGCCCAGGACCUUGCUCGUAGCUAUGGCAUCUCCUACAUUGAAACAUCAGUCAAGACUCGGCAGGGUGUGGAGGAUACCUUCUAUACACUAGUCCAUGAGAUUCGGCAGCAAAAACUUUGGAGAGUGAACCUGCCUGAUGAGAGUGGUCCUGGCUGCAUGAGCUGCAAUUGUGUGCUGUCCUGA